CACAAAGUCCCCAAUUCUGGACCCAGCUGCCCUCCGUCAGAACGCAUCCAUCAUGGCAAAUCCAAUACGGCCACCCGCGAGACGAGGUCCUUCAGGCGCUUGGAACAGACUCAAACCCAUGCCUAUGGAUCCACUCGAUGCAUACGGACUUCCAUCGAAAGGAGAAACAAGAUUGCACGACUACAAAGCCCAAGAAGCCUACUUCCGCGAGAUCAAGGGAAGAUACAUGAAAUUCUGCGCCUCGGCAGGCGGUCGCGAAGGACUGGAAGCAGCCUUAUCUUCUCUCAACACCAUCAAAGCCCCAAUCCCUCUCCCGGGACCCCCAAAAAUCACAUCGUCAACAUCAACGCAAGAACGACCCCAACUCCCCCAUCGCCCUGCUUCCGCCACCGACCGCGCACCCAACGAUUUACCCAACAUCCUCCUCGCCAUGCGCAAACUCCGCGAAUCCAUCCUCGCAACCCGCCGCACCGACAAUUUCGCCCAACGCGCCUACAUGUUCAUCAUCCACGCCAGCAUCCUCACGAAAUCCUGGGAAUCCUAUCUCCCGGCGCUCCACUACCUCUUACACAAAAUCCACCCCCACACGCCCCUAUCCGAACCCGAAAUCCAAGAAUUCUCCGGCUACCAGAUUUUGGAUUUGUGCUGUCGACAAAACGAACUCCUCGAUGCUUUCGCCGUGAAAGUGCGCUUUCGGCAGAGAGAUCGAAGGGUGAAUUCGGUGCUCAAAGCUUUGGUCAGGGAUGAUUGGGUGAGGUUUUGGCGCUUGAGACGAGUUGUGGAUGGGUAUCAGAGGGCGGUUUUGGAGUUUGCUGUGGAGCGCAUGAGGCUGCAUGCGUUGAAGUGUUUGGGGAGAGGGUAUAUGCAAGCUGAGAAGGCUUAUGUGGAGAGAUGUGGGGAUUCGGAGUGGAGUGAGCUUGUGAGGAAUGGGUGUGGGUGGCAGUUGCAGGAGAGUGGGAUUGUUAUGAUUCGGAAGUUGAAGGCGAAGUGAGUCUGGAAGGGAGGGAGGUCGCGAGCUUUUUUUUCACCGUCACCGUCGUUUGCUUGAUCGAGAUGAUCAUAUAACUUUGUUAGGUAUACAGAAGGAAGGAAGGAAGAUUUUUUCCAACGCAGCCAGAAGUUCUUUAGAUGGUUACUAAUCCGAG